CAUAGUGGAAAUGUGGGCACUACACACAUUCGUAAUGUUGCUGGCUGCCAUUAUCGUUUUGCGUUACACAUGUGUCGGCGCCAGAAGCGCUGUUUGUGACGAUCCGCCUACCGUAGAGAACUGCAGCAUUAUACACCGAAAGUGGAGCUUCAUGCCAGACUCGAGAAAGUGUGAAAUAAACUACGUCUGCUCUCGGCACCCUAAUAGAUUUGACACAGAACAGGAAUGUGAGGCAGCUUGCCCCUCAGAGACCGAUCACAAUCCUCCACCAAGAGAUGACUGCUCCUACUGGAUUCAACAUUUAGAUGAGUGCAAAUUCCGAAGGAACACGUUCUACCCUGACAAAUACGGGCGAAGGCAGCGUGUUUUAAUAUUCCGUUUCUGUGGACAAUCAAGCGUGAAAUUAUAUGCCUAUUACUACAACAGUGGUGAAUGCAUAGAAAUUGUCCUGCGAAGGUGGUGACCUCAAAAUAAAUGGACUGCUGAGGAAUUUCUUCUCGAUUCUCUACUACAUCUUUAAUUACCCGACCUUGCCUUCAUUAAAGUCACUGCAAUAAAUGGACACCAACUCUGGGUAACCCUUUGUCACCAUUCCCA